AUGACUCUCUUCCUGCUUUCUAUCUUACUGCUCUCCUUUACUAUCUCAGCAAAUGCUUUCACUUUCUCCUUCACCAGUGCUCCGACACAAUGUGCCAACACUACUGCCGUUUGGACCGGUGGCCAGGCUCCGUUCACCCUACUGCUGGUACCAGUUGGUCACCUUAGCCCGGAGACAAGGACAAUAAUUCAAAAGGAUGUACCCUCUGGUAACUCGGUGUCCUUCGUCCUCAACUUUCCGGCACAAUCUCAAUUUGUGGCCAUACUCAACGACGCUACCGGUGUUGGUGCUGGAGGCACAUCUUCCAUCAUUACAGUUGGCUCCUCAUCCGACUCCAGCUGUCUAAGUACCACUCCUUCUCAGGCAAAAUUUUUCCUGUUUCUUCCACAAGAUAUUGGACAAUGCGACUCUAUCGAUAUUUCUUGGGGUUCACAGGCGCAAGAUCCUGUUGAUAUUCUUGGAGUUAUUCCGGCAGGACAAUCAUUUGAGAUCGCGAAUGUCACAGACUCUUCAACGAGUCUCCAGUGGACCGCUGACGUGCGCUCUGGGACGCAAAUCAUGUUUGUUGCAGGUGACAAAGACGGCCUUGGUACUGGUGGCAGCUCGGACGUUAUGAAGGUCAGCAAUGGCAACAGCGAUAGCUGCAUAAACAACAAUUCGCCUAGUUCGACAUCCGGUGCAGCUGCAGGUGGAGUAUCUUCCACCGCUCAAGGCCAACCUGCGGGCGGAACGACUGGACGCGGCACACUAGUUGUGACCACUGAUAAUGUUGGCUCAACUGUGACAGUCGGAGGGACUGUUACAACAGAUGGCUCAGGCUCAACGACUACGAUUAUUGGCUCGACCGGUCCUAUCACUACCACAGACAAUGCGGGUUCGACUGUUACAAUCGCAGGUCCAGGAGGUCCUAUUACCACGACUGACAAUGCGGGUUCAACGGUUACAAUCGGCCCGACCUCUCCAAUUACCACGGAUAAUUCAGGUUCAACUAUCACACUUGGUGGCGGAGGUUCGACAGGAGUAAAUAACCCUGGAUCUCAAAGUUCUGGUUUUACAGGAAGUGGAGGUGGAACCGUCACAGGCUCCUCAAAGAACGGCCUCGACAACAGAAAUAAUAGACUGGGCCUUAUUUUGGGUCUUGUCCUCGGACUGCUCGCACUAGGUCUAGUCGUUGCUGGCAUUAUUCUCUAUCGUCGUCGUCGUCAGGAACGCAUGUAUCGUAACCUCGAAACCGGCGCAAAUGGUGCUGCGCGCCCGCAUCCAUGGGUAUCAGCACUUACUCGUGGGGCUCAUAUUCGUGGUGGUGCAGGCUCGUCCGUCGAUACAUUACCUAGCAUGUAUCAGACCGAACCAUUUAUCAUGCCCUCGACGGAAGACGACUCGUUCUCUGUUGCUCAACCGCGUCAACCACCUCCAGUUCAACAGCAGCGACCGAAUCUUGCGGUCCGCGCCUCAAGCUCCCGCAGUAUGUAUUCGCUUAUUGGAGACGGACUGUUCACUCGCGAUGUCUUUGGAGGAGCGCUCGCUGGUAUCCAUGGACCAGACCGCAAAGAAAGCGUAGGACCUCACGGCCGUCCACCCAGCCGAACGCCGAGCGGACGCGCAGUCACCCAGCGUACUGUCCUGAUUCCGAGCACCAUCGAAGUGCCUACUCGUGUGACGCGAGACAGCGAGGAUUUCUCUCCCGAGCCAGAAGGGAUGUCUCCAAACCCUUUCAACGAUGACGUCGUCGAAAUUCCACCAACCUACGCGAGUGUCCGACGUGCAAGCCGCAGUGGUGAUCGUGAAACAUGGCAGCCUGUCAGAGCACAAUUACGCCGUUCUAAUGCGUCUCGUCAUUCUCGGCGGUCAAUACUGUCGAAUAGUGGGACCGGAAGCCAGGAAACCUCCUGAAAUUUUCAAAAACAGAUUGCAUGUCUUUUCUUGGACAGUAAUACACGCAAUGGA